CAGUAGAAGCUCCAGCUCUCACCACGGGAGAGGGGUCGGGGCGGGAGGGCCGGGGAAGAAACCACGCUCCUUUGCCCAGCGCAGCAGGGUCCCUUUCCAACCCUUCCCGCCCCACCUGGGAAAGAUGCCCCUGGAAGUGGUAGUGGAGUUGCACAUUCGAGCGAUCACCUGCCCAGGUGUGUUUCUUCCAGAGAAGAAAGGACUUUUACUCAGUGUCUGCAUCCUUGAUCAAUAUAAGGAGACAAAAUGCUUUCCUGCUGUGUUCCCCAUUAUGAUUCAUGAGGUUAUGAAAUUUGACAAGAUAUUUUUAAAUGCACUUGAUCCAGCCACUGUAGCGGAACUUCUAGAAACUUAUAUGAUCAGGUUUGAACUAAUACAGCUAAUACCUCCAGAGGGGACAUUACUGGCCUACUACGAAAAAAACACACGGGAUUUUCUGUUCCCUGAACCUAGGCUGACUCCUCUAUAUCCUGGGGUAGACCGAGAAGUGCUGAUGAAGACACCUCUAGGCUUCCCAGGCAUCUGUCCAAAAAUAGAGUUUUCUACAAGGACAGCCAUCAAAGAACUCACUUGUCCAUUAAAAAGAUUUUUUGAAGAAAGAUUGCGACAUUUGAGGCCUGCCUCUGCUUCAUGUUUUAAACGAGUGCUCAGUCCUCAUUUACAGAACUUAAGAACCACGACGAAGGAGAAUAUUCAUGAGAAGCUCAGCAGAAGCUUACGGUCUCGUUCUCCAUCACCACACAUGAUCCGGCGCCUUUGCCAGGAGGAGCGGCCAUUGAGGCCGAGCCCUGGAUCUCGUGGCUUCAAACCUCGACCAGAAACCAAACCUCCAUUUGUAGUUAGACAUGUAGACAGUUCAAAGCCAUUUGGCGAACAAAUUCCUUUAAAACCACACACUCAAAAGUCCAGGAAAAAUGCUGACUUUGCAUGCUUUGAUUUUCCACUGAAAAGAGCUUCUUCUCUUGACAGUAUUGCAGCUGACAUGAAGAUUUUAAGGGAUCAAGCAGAAUGGAUUGCUCGGAGGCGUGAAAUGUUAUCUCCAUAUUCAGAUAGAUUUGGAAAUAUCUCAUCUGGUCAUGGUAACCAAGGGGAUUCCAAUUUUCACCAUUCAACUUCAUUUGCUGUCCGUCAACAUCGAUCACCUAGUCCACCUCUGCAUUGCCUUCACCAACGCAGGUGCUGCAGCCCUCACUUCGCUUGGGAGAAGAUUCAUGAAAGGGUAUGGGAUCAUCUGACCUCUCAAAAAGCCCGACAACGACUCUACCUGGGAGUAACUGACUCUGAAGUUGAUGCCAUCUUUGGAAGAAGGACCCCCUGUUUGAGGCGCUCCCCCCAACAUAAACCUUUUGAGCGCAGGCAUUACUAAGUAAUUGUCACUUGUAUAGGACUCUGUGGUGGAUUAUGGUGUUCCUAACUGUAAAGUGAAAAAUGAAUGAGAGCAAUAGGGGGAGCUUGAAGAACUCAUUUAAAAUAACAGUACAUGCACUCAUGUUAUCUCUAACAAGUCAUCUUGUUCUGUCUGUUUCCUUUGAAUGCAAUCCUGUACUCUGUAUUUUUACCAGGUAAGAGUUAUUGAUUAAAAUGAUUGGAGUUUGGGGCUUACAUUUUUAGUGUCAAUUUAGAUUUUUUUUUUUGAUGAGGAGCAAUGAAAUAAGAACAAACCAUGAUAACAUGGUAGGACAGACACUGGCAUUAAUGAAAAGCAGAUUUUCUGAGUAAUGUUGUUAGAAUGGUUGAGACAACAGUACACGUGUACCUCUCUUUAGGUAAUAGAUGUAUAUCUUUCAAAUGUCAAUCCCAUUUUUAUAAGUUGAAUUGUAUUUUAGGCAUAAUAGGACUGCUCGUUCCUCCAGAGAAAUCCUGUAGUGAAUCCUAUCUUUAAUGCGGAGGCAGUAUAUGUGGUAUAAUGGAACUUCCAACUUUUAUGACCUUUCCCUGACACCAACUCCUUGGAUGGCUUUAAGCAAGUCAUUUCAUCUCCAACCCAGUUUACUUCUCUGUCCAAUGUGGGGCUUGCACUACAUGCUUCCCAACUUCCCUUCUGUCUCGAAAUCUAGACCUAGGUUCAAAUCUCAGCUCCAGUACUUGCUAACUCCAUGACCAUGAGCUAAGUACUUCAUUUAAGCCUCAGUUUCUUUAUCUGUAACAUAAGCAUAAGGCUAUUGCCAAAGUCCCAUGCAUUUAGUAAUUUUAGGUGAACCAAAAGCCUUCUCUUCAGUAAUCCUAUGACAUAGGUAGUACAAAUAUUUUUAUUCCCAUUAUACAGAGUGGGAAGCUAAGGCUCAGAAUGGUGAAAUCACUAAUCCAUGGUUAUACAACCAGUGUCAGAGUGAGAGGGAACUUGUACCUCCUAAUUCCAAGUCUCAGGGCUCUUUCUGCUAUGCUGCGCUAGCUGUAUGCCACCUACUUCACAGGGCUAUUGUGGAGAAUGCACUUUGUGAACUUUAAAACACUAUGUUAAUAUGAAUGAAGAACAGUACUAGUAAUUUGGAUUUUCAUGUAUCUGAUAUACUUGAAGUGAGGUACUCCUGUAUUAAAAGUGUACAAUUAUAGGAAUCACAAGAGUUCAUGCCAUCUAUAAAGUCCAGUUGCUCCUUUGAAGUCAGAAUUCCCUCCUGACAUAUUUGUAAAAUGAGGAAAAACAAUUCCCUUUCCUAUACUAUUGUCUAAGCUGAGAUGGAUGGUUGGACCACUCUUACAUUUCUCAGAAGCUCAAACAUUUCUCUACAUGAGCAGCUGCAGAGCAGUGGGAUUCUUCAGACAUGUCCCUCAGAGCAGGGUUUUCAGGGAGUGGAUGGGGCAUCCUUUCCUGAAUGCCAUUCAGGAGGUGAUGCAUAAGUAUAUGUCUGCAUGGCAUCACCACUUGUAAAGGGAAACCAUCUUCUUCACUUCCCUUUAUGAUACACAGAACUCCCUCCUAGCAUUUUAAUUGAGCAACAAAUCCUUUUCUCCUCUUAAUGGAUCUAUUCCUUCCGAGGUAAAUUAGAAAAAUGCUCCCCUUCCAGUCUCUGCCCCCAGACCCAUUCAUCUUCGUCCUGAAAUUCAGCAUCAUAAUUAGCUUACACUUAUUUAGGUAGCUAGAGCUUUAAGAUUUGCAAAGUAUUUUACCUCCAUUAUCCCAUUGUAUCCUUAUAGCCACCCUAUGAGUUAUGGGGCGGUGGGGAACAGUUGGUUUUAUAAUACCUCAUUUUACCGAUGAGAAAACUGAACCUCAGAGAAGUUAAGUUCAUAGAAUCAAUCACAAGAUUGUAGAUCCAAAAUUGAAAAGGGCUUCAGAGACCAUAUAGUUCAGCUCCUUAUUUUACAAAUGAGGAAACUGAGUCCCAGUGAAGUUAAGUAAUUUGCCACCAGUGAGUGAUGGAUUCAGAAUUCAAACUCACAUGUUCCCCGAAUGCAAGAAUAUAUAUUUCCAACUACACUAUGUUCUUUACCAGCCCUAGAUUAAAUUAUUGGAAUGAAGUUUAUUUCUGUAUUAUUUUAAAAUCCUCUAUUUCUUUUGAGUUUCAAUUAUUUUGCAAUCAUCAUGUAAAUAUGCUUCAAAAUGGAACAUAAUGUAUAAACCAGUUAAGGGCUCCAGAAAAAUCCUAGCAAGGGCAUGAAUUGCUUAAAAAUGGGACUUUUAUUAACUGUAGAGAACCAGGUGAAAGUAAUGGACAUCUCAUUUCACCUAUAACCAUAUUUACAUCAUGUAAUUAUAACAUUUAGUUCUCUUCAUUGUUUAUGCAUAAUGCCUAAAUUUCAUGUAGGGACAACAUUUAUUGUCCAUAUUGUUAAAAAUUGCCAUUAUUUUUUAAAAACGCUAAAUCAGCCAAAAAUUUAAGAUUUUGUAACUUUCCCAUUUAACUAACUCUCUUUUAAAUGUCUUCUUAAAAGAAUUCACAUCAAGAUUUUUGGUCAUGUUUUCUUUUUGGGGAGCAAUAUUUGUUUCAGUUUCUUUUUGUGUAUGUAAUAACUGGAUGAUUUUAUGAAGUGGUGGGAUUUGGAUUGUUUUGUGAGAACUGAUGAUUAAUAAAUGGAA